AUAAGCAGUAGUUUUGUCCACUUCCCGGUUGCGCCGGGUCAGUCUGCAGCGUGUUCCUAAAUAGUGCACCGUAAAAACCAGUGCUUUUCUCUUUCGUUUUACCCAAAUCUCUCCGCUCACACAAAAUGGCGAACGUGGUGCUGGAGUUUAAGGCUUCUGCCGGCGACUCCGAGCCACAAAAUCGCCCGGUUUUGGUGCUCGGAACCCAGGCUAAUCUGCAGCAAGUCAACUGGAGUCAAAUGAAAGGGAAGCUCCAGCCCGUGGUCAGCAAAGAGAUCUGGCAGGCAGCUCUCUCUGCGCUGAACCCGAACCCCACAGACAGCUGCCCUUUGUACCUGAACAUGGCAACGGUCGCUUCACUUCCCGCUCGGGUCAGUCGUCAUAACAGCCCCUCGGCCGCUCACUUUGUUGCCCGCCUCGUCCGCUCAUGUCUGCCCGGAGGAAACAACCGCUGCAUCGUGAUGGUGUGUGAGCGCUCGGACGUCUUUGCCUCUGCCUGUGCCAUCUCCAGAGCAUUCCCGGUUUUCUCUCGUCGCUCUUCAGCCUCAAGACGAACCGAGAAGAAACGCGUCACUGUGGAGUUCAUGAUCGUCGGAGCAGACAGCAGCCCUCUGGAGCCCAAUGAGCUGGAGUGUUUGUCCAACGCUGCUGAUGGAGUCCGAUUGGCUGCUCGAAUCGUUGACACUCCAUGCAAUGAGAUGAAUACAGACCACUUUUUGGAUGAAAUCAAAGCUGUUGGCACCGAACUUGGAAUUACCCCAGUGAUCAUUCGAGGAGAGGAAUUAAAACAAAAAGGGUUUGGAGGGAUCUAUGGAGUGGGUAAAGCAGCGGAGCACCCUCCAGCUUUAGCCAUCCUGAGCCACACACCAGAGGGCGCCACGCAGACCAUUGCGUGGGUUGGAAAAGGAAUAGUUUACGACACCGGAGGACUCAGCAUCAAGGGAAAAACCACAAUGCCAGGGAUGAAGAGAGACUGUGGUGGAGCUGCUGCUAUCCUGGGAGCUUUCAAAGCCACAAUCAAACGGGGAUUUAAGGAUAAUCUCCAUGCUGUGUUUUGCCUUGCGGAGAAUUCAGUCGGACCCACAGCCACUCGCCCUGAUGACAUCCACACUCUCUACUCUGGAAAGACAGUGGAGAUUAAUAACACAGAUGCAGAGGGGCGGCUGGUGCUCGCUGAUGGAGUGGUGUACGCCUGUAAAGACCUCUCCGCUGACAUCAUCCUGGACAUGGCCACACUCACAGGGGCCCAGGGCAUCUCCACGGGGAAGUACCAUGCUGCUGUAAUGACCAACAGUGACCAAUGGGAGGCAGCGUGUGUCCGGGCUGGUCGCAGCAGUGGAGAUCUGGCCCAUCCUCUGGUCUACUGUCCCGAAAUGCAUUUCAGCGAAUUCACCUCCGCAAUGGCCGACAUGAAGAACUCAGUCGCGGAUCGAGAGAAUGCUCAGAGCUCCUGUGCUGGUCUUUUCAUCGCGUCCCACCUCGGCUUCGACUGGUCUGGAGUCUGGGUCCACAUCGACAUUGCUUCACCUGUGCACGCCGGGGAGCGUGCCACAGGCUUUGGUGUGGCUCUGCUCUUGGCUCUCUUUGGUCAGGCUUCCGAUGACUCCAUUUUGAACCAGGUUUCUCCUCUGGGCGCCUCCUCCGCCUCUGCACCAGGCGAAGCGAUGGAACGGGACUCCAAGCGACGGAGAUUAGUUUAAAAUAAUGUCAAAAUAAGAAUAUGGCUUUAUUCUGUCCACUGCCACUGCACACCUACUCACAAAAGCAUUUGUAACAAUAUAUAAUGAUUAUUUCACCUAUUUUUUGUGUACGAGUUAAAACUACAUUAUGUAACUUUUGGGGCAUUUCCACAAACCUUGUUUACCAUCACUUCAAUGUAAUUAUGCAGUAAGCCUUUUCCUGGAUCAGUGACCUGCUAAUAUGGCAUGUUUCACUGUCUAGUGCAAGUUCUUCAUCUAUUUACAUUAUUUUAUGCAUACAAGUUAAAGAAAAUUUACUUAACGUUUCAGCUACAUUUCCACAAACCUUAUUGAAGAUAUCACUUCAUAUGUAAGUAUGCAUUAAGCCUUUUCCUGGCUCAAAUAGUUGCUUGUGUUUAAUGUUUCACACUUUUCAUUUGUGUACAUGUUAAAGCAAAACUAUGUCACUUUUUAGAUUGCAUUUCCACAAAUCAAAACUCAGCAAAUUAUCUCAAAUAUUUCUGUUUUUGUGUCAUGAUACAGAUCCAAUCUCCUUAUAUUUAUGAGACAUAAAGCUACUUUUUUUUUUUUAUUUCACCACAACUAAAAUAAGUAAGGACCUAAUCUACUAAUCUACAUAGUGUUGCUUUAACAAAAAUAUAAAUACCUCUUAACUGAAACGUUUGUCUUUUUGCUGUAAAUCAGAAUUGAGCAAAGCCAUGCAUUUGAUGGAAAGCACUUAGUAAGUCUGGUUUGGACUGUUCAAAUCUAUGAGAUUUCUCACUUCUUCUAUCCUGAAAUAAAGCAGUGCCAUCUGAUUAAA